AUGGCCAAAACCGCAAAAGUCAAGAAGCGCCAAGUCACAAUCCACUCCCGCGCCGCCCGCCGCGCAACCUCCCCCUCCCUCUCCCUCCCCCUCUCUGCCCAACCACCCACCCACACAACCCGAGACUCAACCUCGCCCUCGCGCCCCUCCACCCUAAACCCGCACGCCCUCGCCGCCAAAGACGCCGGCAUCCAAAAGCGCCAGAAAAAAACCUCAAACAUGACGCGUGCGCAGCGGCUGCGCCACCAAAAGGGACUUGAACGUGCGGAGGAGAAUAUGGAUAAAUUGGCGAGUAAGCGGUUGAAGAGUCUCGGUAAGGGCAGGAAGGUGACGGAGAGGGCGAAGGGGUGGGAGGAUAUUAAUGGGGAGGGGGGCAAGAAGGGGAGGAAGAGUGUAGUGGGGGAUGGGGAUGUGGAGGCGAAGAGGGGGGAGAGGGAGUGGGGUGGGGAUGAGGAUAUGGAUGAGGCGGGUGAUACCAAGGACGUGGAUGUUGCGACAGCGCAGAGUGCAGCGGUACCUGAGGAGGUGGAUGAGAUGUUGUAA